AUGGAUUGUCCAACUAGAUGGAAUUUAACUUACAUCAUUUUGGAGAAUGCCAUUAAAUUCAGUAGCGUCUUUGAAGGAAUGGAGAAAGAGGAUAAUGAUUACACAAACUAUUUUGUGAAGAAAGCAUUAAUUGGUCCUCCUGAUGUUUCCAAUUGGAAAUAUGCUAAAGAAUUUGUUGUCUUUUUAAAAGUGUUCUAUGACAUCACUUUGCAAUUUUCAGGAUCACUUUAUAUUACCUCAAUUGUAUGCUUCCAACACAUAGCUGAUGUGUUUGUUAUCCUACAAACAAGGGCAAAUAAUCCUAAUUUUUUGGUGUCUGAUAUGGCUAAGAGGAUGAAAUGCAAGUAUGAAAAGUAUUGGGGAUGGUUGGAGAAUCUCAAUCCUUUGUUGGUAAUAGCAAUGAUUCUUGACCCUAGGUAUAAGAUGAAGUUUUUGAAGCUUGCUUUUAAUGAGAUGUUUCCUGAUUCUACACAAUGUGAAGCCAUGACAAAUAGAGUUACAAAUGCCUUGUAUUGUUUGUAUAACUUCUAUUCAAGUAGGCAUGAAACAAACACAUCUAAAUCUCAAAACCAAAAUCAGACACAAGCAUCAAGUGAUCCUACCGAUUUAAGUCAACUUCGGAUAGCAAUGUUGGAAUCUAGGCCUCUACUGCAACUAUUUGUUGCUCAAAAUGAGAUUGAGGUUGAAACAUAUAAAUAUGCAAAAGUGGACAAGUAUUUUCAAGUUGAGUUAGUUGAUGUGCUUCGUUCUAACUUUGAUAUUUUAGCAUGGUGGAAAGUAAAUGGUUCCAAAUACAAAAUCCUUUCAUUGAAUGCACGUGAUGUUUUGGCUAUGCCUUUAUCCAUUGUGUCUUUAGAAUCUGUAUUUAGUACAGGAGGUCGUGUCAUUGAUGAAUUCAGAAGUUCCCUAUCAUUAAAGAUGGUCGAGACACUAAUUUGUGCACAAAAUUGGUUAUCUCCAUCUACAUCAAAACUAAAGGGAUUUGAUACUGAUAACUUCAAUAAUAUUGACAUUGGACAUGGGACAAAAUCUCUGUCCUAUCCCUGUUCACAAGGACGGGCCUGUCCUGGUCCCAUCCCGUCCCGUGAACACUCCUACUCCCUCCUCGUAUCUCCCACCCCUCACCUCUUGUUCUUAACUUUAUAUAUAGCUCCUACGCUUCAGGCUGUCGUGUGCCUGUACCCUUGGCUCGUGGUCGACAACCUCUACAACAUCAGGCCUCUUAGGAUCCGCUGCUUCACCGAGUGGGCUUAA